AUGAAUGAUGCUAAGGUUCUGGAUAUUCAGUUUCGAACGACUACACAUGAUUGGUACAGUCAUUUCCUUGAUAGAACGAUGCGUAUCGAAUAUAUCAAUCUACUGGAUGGUACCAAGAAUUCUGGUGGAUUAUAUCCAUAUAGAUUCAGCAAAACCGUGCAUAUCGGAGAGGAAUCGUUCAGCAUCAAUUAUUAUUUCGAGGACAGGAGGCCAUCACAAGAUGUAUUUACUAAAAAUAUUCUCAAGGAAGAUCCGAAACUUUCCCAUCGAAGCAGCCCAUACGUUCAAUGGGGCCCUCCACCUCUUGUACCUCAAAUUUCUGGAGCCUACGACUGUGAAGAGGGGCUUACAAUGGCUCCUGACUCCAGCAAGAAGGUCUAUGGUGUAAUCUUGCGAGACUUCGAGAACGUGAAAGAUAAGGGCGAGCUUUCAUUUGAGAACGAGCUACCAUUAUGUCAAGGAGUAUCAGGGGUCAACAAAGCAGGAAAUCAAAUGUAUAUUAUCGCUCUUAUCUAA